AUGGCUGCCACUUUACGUCGUCUGAUUUUAUUAGUUUCAAUAUUUUCAUCUUUUUUGUGUAGGCCUAUACUCGGGUGGGAUGAAGGCGACUUUGAAAUAUUUGAUGCUGUCGAGGAAGUUAAUCAAAACUUCUAUGAGUUUUUGGAAGUUUCACCGGAUGCGAGCAGUAAAGAAAUCAGGAAAGCUUAUAGAAAGUUAACACUAAAACACCAUCCUGAUAAAAAUAAAGAAGCUGAAGCAGAAAUUACUUUCAGAAAGCUUGUCAGUGUUUAUGAGAUAUUAAAAGAUGAAGAUAAAAGGAAAAGAUAUGAUAAAGUGUUGGUUGAGGGUCUGCCAGAUUGGAGACAACCUAUAUUUUACUACCGUCGUGUUAGAAAGAUGGGCUUAGGAGAACUGUUUAUAUUGUUAGCUGGAAUAGGGACAAUUGGACAAUUUCUUACAAAUUGGGCUGUAUAUUUUGAAAAGAAACUUGUUGUGGUAAGCUUCAUUAUUAUCUUGUAUGAAUCAAAGAGAAGAAAAUGUUAA